AUGCUGCUGAAGCAUGUUCGGUACUUGACGCGCGUUAGGCUAUCUCGCAAAACACAAUGCAUCACAACUUGUCAGCGCGCGUACAACACAGCUCUGAGGCCCCCCUUUUCGCCGUCGACGCGACCAUGCGCGAAACCACGUGCGCUACAGUCUGUCGAGACACAAUGGCACCAAGUGUCCCAACGUCGAGGCGCAAAGAAGAAGACUACGCUGACUCUCGAUGACAUACCCCAAGGAGCCAUCGGGGCAGAGGCUCUACCUCCCCAAGAUGAUUCUGAGCCAGAGUACCCUCCACUACUACAACAAGUGCGCAAUAACAUGCUCAAAUUCAGCCAUUGCGUGCUGGUCACGAGGGUUGGUGGUUUCUAUGAAUUAUACUUCGAACACGCCGACGAACUUGCUCCACUUCUGAACCUGAAGAAGGCUAAGAGAAAGACUCUCAGGGGCAGCAAGAAGCCUUCGGUAUCCAUGGCUGGCUUCCCUGCCUAUCAGCUAGAUCGCUACCUCAAGAUCCUAGUGCAAGAUCUAAACAAGCACGUUGCUAUCAGCGAUGAGUUUCUCAACGAUGCUCCCACCAAGGCAAAAGGCGAGCCUCAAUACAACAGAAAGGUCUCGCGCAUUAUCACGCCGGGUACGCUUAUUGAUGAAAACUUUAUGGACCCUUGGGAGAACAACUACCUCCUUAGCAUUCAUGUAGAUCCAGAGGUGCUGGAGAAGGAGAAGGCUUUGAAAGAAAGCCCUGGCAGCUCCAGCGUGUCUUCAGUGCUCAACUUGCCCCGUACAGAGGUAGGUCUUGCAUGGAUCGACCUAUCGAGCGGCGAUUUCCUGACCCAGAGCACGGAUAUCGCGUCUUUACCCUCGGCAGUGGCUCGCAUCAAACCUAGAGAGAUAGUGCUGGACAGUAUCUUCCAGGAACAAGACCAUUCUCGUAUUGUGUCUAUACUGCAGGAAGACGGGCAUAUCAUCACUUUUCAAGAGCCAUCACAGAAGCCCCUGGGGGUGGAAGAUUGGGUACCCAUGUUGGAAGACGUAGUAGGCGACUUCGACAAAGCCAACUUUAGGCCUAGUGAAGUUGCUGCUGGGGGUUCUCUUUUACAUUAUGUCAACCAUCAGUUGCUUGGCUCGCGAACACGGCUCCAAGCCCCUGUGAGGCACCAGGCCGAAGAACACAUGAGCAUCGAUAAGAACAGUUUGAGGGCACUGGAGAUUCGCAGCACCAUUCGCGACGGCACUUAUGAAGGAAGUCUAUUGCACUCACUGAAGAAGACAGUCACCAAGAGCGGAACCAGACUACUAACCCAACGUUUGUCUGCACCAUCCAUGUCGUUGUCCACCAUCAACGACAGACUAGACUUGGUAGAAGAGAUGAUUGAAUAUCCGCAGCUUCGUCAAGAUGUCGUUACCCUUCUAAAGCAGACCUUCGAUUCACUUCGCCUAGUGACAAAGUUUACUUACGGCCGUGGCGACGCAGAUGAUUUAAUGGAGCUUUCAAAGACUAUUUUGAAGACCUCCGAUAUUGUCAACACCCUUCGUGAACAUGCGGCCUCAAGGAACGCUAUUCUCGUCGAUCCUACGAAAACGAAGUCAGGGACUCGGAGACAAUGUGUGUCCGCGAUGAAGCGACGAUUCGACUUGGAGCAGCCACUGGAACUCGCCCGAAGGAUUCAGGAUGCUAUUGAUGAGGAAGGUCUGUCUGAGUACCAUCGUAUCAAAGAUGAAGAGGCGAGUGAGAUUGCAGACCUAGCUCAAGACGUCCUAGGACGAGAAGCUGGUGAAGAGGACCUGAAAAACAUGCCAAAACGCAUCCAACCGAGGCCUCACAUGAUAGUAGGAAGCUUCAAGAGCGCAACAGACGGACGAGACGAUGUAUACGUUAUGAAGCGUAGUGCCAGUGCCAUCUUACAGCGGCUGCAUGACAGCCUGGGCUCUAUGGUAGAGUCAAAAUUGGAGUUGGAGAGGAGGUUGAGGCAGGAGAUGGGCACAGAAAGUUUGACGCUGAAGUGGACACCCAAUCUCGCACACAUUGCUCAUGUGAAAGGAAAGGAUGCCUCCCGCGUCAUGGCUCCCUAUCCGCAUAGCUUGAGCAGUAGCAAGUCCACGCGCUCUUUUCAAAUCCCGGAAUGGACAAAGCUAGGGACCCAAAUGGACGAGACUCGCUUUCGUAUCCGGAACGAGGAGCAGCGUGUGCUAGGUGAGCUGCGUGAAAGCGUCAUUCGCAACCUUGUGAAGCUACGACGGAAUGCUUCUGUCCUCGAUGAACUCGACGUAGCCUGCGCCUUUGCCAUCCUCGCUGUUGAAAAGAACUUCGUUAGGCCAAUCUUGAGUGCCGAGCCAUCGCAUAACAUCGUUGGUGGUCGGCAUACUGUCGUUGAGUCAGGCCUUAACGAACAAGGGCGCAGAUUUGCACCCAAUGACUGCCGUCUAGGCGACAAAGAGCGCAUAUGGCUCAUCACGGGCCCAAACAUGGCUGGCAAAAGCACAUACCUCCGUCAGAACGCGCUCAUCUCCAUUCUAGCGCAAACAGGAUCCUUCGUCCCAGCCGAGUACGCCGAGAUUGGACUUGUUGACAAAGUCUUUAGUCGUGUCGGCUCAGCAGACAAUCUCUACCAAGACCAGUCCACCUUUAUGGUGGAGAUGCUGGAAACAGCGCAGAUUCUCAAAGAAGCCACACCGCGCUCAUUCGUAAUUAUGGAUGAAGUAGGCCGGGGUACGACGCCUGAGGAUGGCAUCGCAGUGGGCUAUGCAUGCCUUCAUCAUCUAUACCAUGUCAAUCAGUGUCGGACGCUCUUCGCCACACAUUUCCAUGUACUCACUGAUAUGACGAAGCAGUUUGAGAAGUUGGGAUGUUAUUGUAAUGACGUACUUGAGGCCCCGGAUGGCACGUUCUCCUAUGUUCAUCGGUUGAGAAAGGGCGUCAAUCGAGAGAGUCAUGCACUGAAGGUUGCUAGAGUUGCUGGUCUUCCCGAAGACGCCAUCGCUGUUGCGGCCCAAGUCCUCAAGCAACUGAAGCCUUCCGUUUCUAGUAAAUAA